AUGUCUCCCGGCAGGUCUCCGAAUACUAUCGCUUUCGGAUGGGUGCUGCUCGCCGUCUUACUCUCGAGCGCGGCAUUGGCUGAGGCAAAGACCAUCAUAGUGGGCUAUGGUAUUUUUACUCCCUGGCGGUAUGGAAUUUCUGGAUGGAAGCCAUUUAGGACAGUCCAACCGGGCGACCAGCUUUUGUUCAAGUGGUUGGGGGAGCACGACGUGUGGCAAUUCCCUGCAAAGAUUGCGUAUGACAAUUGCGAUUUCACCUUAGCGACUCAGCUAUACCCCAAGACUGGCAUUUUUGGGGCCCACUAUUUCUACCCUGUGAAGAAUAUUCAGAAGGGAACCACCCUUUAUUUUGGGUGUGCAGUGGGGAAUCACUGCGCCCGUAAGAUGAAGGCCAAGGUUGUUGUUUCCUGA